UGUGCAAGCGUGCACACCUCAAAUACGGCCGUGACAAUGUGUUUACCGUCCCACAGGAGGCACCCUUUCCCUCGUUUCAUCAUGCUCUCCAGAUUUUCUUCUCAGCCGGGCCCACCUCUAGUCUCCCAGCAGAUAUUCAUACGAUGCCCAAGCCGACCCUUGGUCAAGUCGCUACGCUCGGGCUGCAUGUCGUUGCUCUUGCGUUAAUAUUCACGGUGCUUCUGAGCCCUUCGCCCCUCAAAAUCAGCUCAGCAUCUUUUCUUGAAAUCCUCCCGAAACAGCUAGAUGUCAUCGCCACUGGCGGUACAGCGUCGACCAGCAGCCAAAGUUAUUCCAAUGGGUCAAUAUACACGCUAAGCGUGUCAAUCUCUUCUUUCAGUCCGAUACCUGCCUCCAAUUCCUCCGCGACCAUUGCACAAGUCACGAGUUCCGGCGCUUCUCCCACUUCCUCCUCGUUGCCAUCUAUGUCCAAUCAGCCAGCUGCACGAGAUGGCAAAUACGGAGCAGCUGCCACUCCCUACCUCCGCCCACUGCAAUUCCAUACUCGAUUCGCCCGGGAAGAUGUGUCUGCACGUCUGUCUGCAUCAGGCGUGAGCUCAGUAGCGCCUUCAUCAUCCUCCACAACACCAAGUGCAACGGAGACAGCACCCAUUGGUAUGGUGCUCAACGACGCGACCACGGUCAACCAGCCCGAGCUCAACAACAGCGACCCAAAGACCUGGCAGACGCCGCUCCGGCUAUACUAUGGCUUGCUGGGCAGUUGCUUCUGGACUGCAAGUAAUGGCCUAGGACCAGAUUGCACUUCGCCGUCGCUCUCACCAGCAUUCAAUGCUAGCGGUCUCGCAGCGAUUCAGUAUGACCUUCGAACCAACAGCUCGGCCGCAGCACCCGCAGCACCACUCGUCAUCUCUCCUUUGCCGAAGACUUUUCAAAUCAUUCCGGCUGUCAUGCUCGGCGUCUUCCUCACCCUCCUUGCUCUCCUUGCAGGUACCAUACUGCCCAUUUUGCAGCGCUGCUGCACAUCUCAGCGCUUCAUCAACACAUUUGGAGAAGCGGGGCCGCGGCAGCGAGCCUUACUCUCCCUACAAAGGUAUGCAAACCUGCUCUUCAUCCCCACCACGGCGCUUCUGCUUGGCGUGACCAUUGUUCUGCGUAUCCAAGUCAACAGCGCCGUCUCAGGCUUCAACGCCGCAAAUCAAGACAAAGUGCUCCCAGGGUCCAUCAUGCUUGAUGCACUUGCCGAACCAUUGCCCAUGAACGUCACCAACUCCGUUGCGAGCUCGACGAUGCUCAGGGCCGGCGCCGGUUCCGCAUUCUCACUCUGCAUGGUCGCCAUCGUCCUGCUCAUCAUUCUUACCUUCCUGCGUCGUCGGCAGCUCGCGCGCGAGGUCGCUACCGCUCAAGCCCGCACCGAUUUUGAAGCCAAGCUCGGGCGCAAGGUGUUCGCGCGCGCAGCUGCGUUUGAACUUGGAAGCCACUCUUCCAGGCCGACCAUGGAGAUUAUCACAACAAAAAGUCCACCCUCUAGUCCUCGAUCAUGGCGUUCCAUACCCCGACCGGUUUUCCCCAGCAAGCAGAGCUUCAACACGCGUCUUCCUUCAGAGGAGCUGAGACACGAUGAGGACAACGGCAAGCUCGGCCAUGCGACGUCUUUACGAUCACUCUCCUCAGCAUAUACCAUUGGCGGCUCACGUUCCGAUAUUUACGGUCCGGCACCUGGCAUAUACCGCCGAGCAUCAGCAUGCGAAGUUUACGACGCAACAGCGAGACCCCUGCAGAAAACGACCAUCAGCUUUGCAGAUUCCUCGCAUUCCCACCCGGCAGGGCGUUGGGUUCUUCAGGAAUGAGGCUAUCCCAUCUUGGGCGGUAUACACCGUUUCAUUCGUGCAUGCAGCCCUCCUGUAUAUGUUCAAGAUUCGCCUAACC